AGUAGAAUAGAGCGAUGUUGGCCAUCAACGGGCCGAGCGCUUGGAGUGAGGAGGAAAAACGUGUUUACACAGACGGCCGAGUGCCUAGGGAAUAGAGCGCGAGGGGAAGUGAGCCGGCUAGCUGUCUGCCUGCACUAACUUCCUGCUCACUGCUCAGAGAGAGAGAGAGGGAGAGAGAGAGAGAGUGUUAAAAAAAAAACAGACGGGAUCCCAUUACAGUCGGACUGAGCUGCCGAGACGACCGACAGCAUGGAAAAACAGCGCAUUUUACGGAAUUCUUUUUAAUAUAAAAAGGACAGAAGCACUUAGAAAACACAAACCUGGACAUGGAGAGUGCUAUCACUCUGUGGCAGUUUCUCCUGCAGCUGCUGUUAGACCAGAGCCACAAGCACCUGAUCUGCUGGACGUCCAAUGAUGGCGAGUUUAAACUGCUCAAGUCUGAGGAGGUGGCCAAACUCUGGGGUCUCCGAAAGAACAAGACCAACAUGAACUAUGACAAGCUCAGUCGUGCGCUACGCUACUACUAUGACAAGAACAUUAUCAAGAAAGUAAUUGGUCAGAAGUUCGUCUACAAGUUUGUGUCGUUUCCUGACAUUUUAAAGAUGGAUCCUCAGGCAGUCGAGCUGGGGCGGGAUGGAGGCGGAGCAAUGCUUCAGGAGGCGGAGUCUGACGGAGGGGAUGGGGAGGAGUCCUCAAAACUGUCCCUGUCAUCACUUAGGAGUCCUUGCAGGAACGAAUACCUUCACUCCGGUCUGUACUCCUCCUUCACUGUGAGCUCCCUCCAGGGCCCACCCUCACUGCUGCGACCAAUCAAAGUGGAGAAACAGCAAGGGGUGGAGCGAGGGGAGGAGGGACCAACUGUCAUUAGAUUUGUCACCAAUCGUUCAGAUAAGGUGGUCUCUCUCCGCUCCUCUCCUCCACCCUCCUCUGCAGAGGUCUUCUUCACCUCUAAACCUUCCCCACACACCUCCCGUACCCCCUCACCCCCUAGUAGCCCAGCCUAUCAGCUGCGGCCGGGGCGCAGCCCUGAGGCCAGGAUGGACGAAUCAGAGCAGAAUGCUCAACCUCUGAACCUAUCGUCAGGCCACAGGGAGCGAGCUCAGGCACAAGUCCCUCCCCCUGAGAGGAAGGCCAAUAGUAACGGACUUCCUCCAAAAACCAGGAAGCCAAAAGGGCUUGAAAUCUCUGCCCCUUCAAUACUGCUUUCAGGAAAUGACCUUGGUUCCAUUGCCCUGAACAGUCCAGCAUUGCCAUCUGGGUCAUUAACACCAGCCUUCUUUACUGCACAGACACCGUCUGGUCUGUUGCUGACUCCCAGUCCUCUUCUGUCCUCCAUUCAUUUCUGGAGUAGCCUGAGUCCUGUCGCCCCUCUCAGUCCUGCUCGACUACAGGGACACGGCUCCCUCUUCCAGUUUCCCACUCUGCUAAAUGGACCACUUCCUGUGCCUCUCCCCAACCUGGACUCGUCCACUUCCUCCUCCCUUCUUCUGUCCUCCAGUGCACAGAAGUCCUGAUUCUAGUCCGACCGAGCCACAUAAACACACACACACACACAUACACUAACACUCACACACACUCAGACAAACAAAUACAUGCUCAUACCGCAGUCAUUCUGAAAUUUGAAGCCUUGUUGUCAAGCAGAAAUCAACUCCCUGUAUUGUGUCAAACCUUCAUCUAAAUCAGCAUUGCGAUCAUGAUUUGAUUGAGACGAGCUUAACAGUGUGUCUUUAUUGUAAGUUUUAAUCUGAACUCAGGUUGGAUGUCACAGUGCUGACUGGUUGCCUUCGUUGUGCUCCAUUGAGCGUUUUUUUCCAUUCAGUGAUAUGAAGGACCUUCUCACUGAGGAGCUGAACUGUUUGGAAUUGGACAAAGAUUUUUCCAAACAGAGAUAUUUUUUUUGUUAUUGUUGUCACUUAUUUCACUAUCUCUCCCGUACUGAUAGAUAUUCAUGAAAUACACACACACACACACACACAUUCAGCAGUGCUGGAGUUCUCACACCUAACUAUAGCACUACAAACAUAUAUACAUAUAAAAACGCCUUCAUUCAGUGGUGCUGGUGCAUCCCAAAUCACUCCACACAUAUGAACUAUGAAAGACCAGACAGUCUUACAUGACAUGACCACAGUCAGGCUUUAAAGCGUUCUCUCCUCUUUCCUGCAGAAGUCUCUGCUGUGCCGACUCAUUCAGAUUUGGCUGGAAAUUGUAUUCCAGAGCCUGGGAGGGAUUCUUGUUAAAAAUUCAUGUUAGAGGGAACCUAUUUACUUGUUUUGUUUUUAAUGUUGACACGUUUUUGUUUUGUAAUCUCCGUCAGAGGCUGUGAAUCAGGUUUUGCGUUUGUGUGAUGAUUUGUCUGGAUUUGUAUUGUAUAAUAUUGUACUGUAUGCACUGUGCUUUAAGGUUGCUACCGGCUGUGCCUUCUCUCUGUAAGAAUUGUAUAAAUGUAUUAUUUUCCAGCUUAAAAAAAGAUAAAAAUGUAUUAAACAAAAACUUCAUAGACGAAAUUCCAGUUCAAUAUUGGAAAGAAAAGCUUUGUAAUAGCUUUUGGUAUUUUUUCAUUAAAGAACCGAUUAAAAAUGUAUUCUCUUAUUAAUUUUAUAUUUUGGCUUUUUUGAAGAGUGCAGAACAUGUGCCUCUUG